GGCUUGACCACGUGUAAAAACAACCCGUUGAUUGUUCCUGCCCGAUGAGUUUGCUGUUUUAUCCUUUAUUAUUAUCUGUAAGGAAGCCUUGUUGGUCCACAUCCUGAUAUGUUUUAAUAACUUUCGUGAAAUGCGUUUAUUUAGACUUUCUUUGAUGUUAUCUGCGUGUUGCCAGUUGGCAGACUGUCGGAUGUUUUCAGACGUGUAUUUGCAUCAGGAUCAAUGGCGUCCCAUGUAAUGGACUGGGUCACCUCUGGUUCCAACAGUGUUUUGUGUGCAACAGCCCUGCACUCCUCCUAUAGACUCUUUAAGGUAGGCAUAUAUUUUAAGACUAAAUGCAAUAAAAACGCAGGACAUAACUCACUGAAACACAUUGAGUGAAGCUCUCUAAAAUGAAAAAUGCGUUUUCUCUUGUCAAAGUAACAAUUCGUAGGUGGGACUUGCUCUUUAAAACCUACAGACUAAGUUGUAACUAUUUCCUUUCUGCCACUCUUCCUACACACACAUUGUGCCUGCAUAAAUCUACACUCACCACAUACCAUGAACGUGUUCAUACUGUCUUUCUUUAAAGGACCACAGGGGGCCCUCUGUUGGCUUCUUCCUGCUCGGGUUCUCUGCAGCUCUUUGCCUCUUCCAUGCCUCCACACUUCAGAGAGAAGCAGAAUGGACCGGGGAGGUUCUGGCUCCGGCUUUGGUUUCCUUUGACCUCCUGUGGCUCAGUCAGGACCACAACACGGCUCGUGUUCUCCUGUGCGGCUCCUGUCUGCUUCUCGGACUCUCAGACUGGCUCUCAGCAGAGACGCUCACUGUCCUGACUCGCUCCCUCGGGCUGUCUUCUCUGUCCUGCUGCCUGACUGUGUGUCUGUUUGCAGGGAAUGCAAUAGGGGCCGCAGGCGGCGUGGCUCUCAGCCUCCCUUUACUUCUGGCACAGAGGGCCGACACCAACGCCUUUUCUCCUCUGAUUUCUCCACCUGCUGCAGAAGGACUUAUAAAAUGUCUUCUAAAGGGGUCGUUGUCAAUAGGCUGUUGGCUUUCAACAAAAGCCCUCAACAAGUUUCUGUUGGAUGUGACUGACCAAUAAAUGUGUAAAUUAGUGGUGAUUUUUGUUUUGCAGAGGUAAAGUGUUCAUUACAAAAGGUAAAGGGACAUGAAAUAACCUAACUUGGCUGAACAGAUUAUCUAAAAACAAUGUACAUUUCCACCAUUAUAAGGUUGAACACUUUUUUAGAGCAGCAGACACUUUUUUGUUGCUGUAAUUCACAUAUUCUCUGUGAGUUUUUGACAUUUACUUUGCAGUAGGGAACCUCCAGAAAGUUAUCAGAGGGUUUUCCAGAAGUUGGAUUCUGGUAUUAGUGUGCUAUCCUAAGAAUAUCAUAGGAUAUUCAUAGGAUAUUCUUAGGAUAGCACACUAAUACCAGAAUCCACAACACAAUUUCAGGAAUUCAACUACAAUAGUUUUAUGCAUAUUUAUUUACAAUCUUUUCAUUUAAUAACAUUAUGGCAUCUGCUCUGUGUUUUUGUAUACUUAAUGUUUACGACCUGUUGAAGACCAGAUCAUUUGUGUAUUAAUAUUGUAGAAUUUAUAUACAAUAUUGUAACUAAUCCAUUUUUUAAGCUGCCUUUUAUCUCUAAAAUCCUGAGAAAAUAGUUUGAAAUGAGCUCAAAAUGUUUUUGGGGGAUGACUGUAUUGAUGACGACAUUUAGUUGGGCAUUAAACCUUUAAAAGGCUCUUUUUUCAGAGGGUGAAAUGACAUUUGAAUUGUUGAUUUAAGAAGCUCUGCUAUGAUAGUUUAUGGAUCUGAGUGUUGCUUUUUAGACUACAGAUUACCACAUUUAUAUAUCCUGUUUCAUAUGUAUUUAUUUUAUUUUCUUAAUUUUUGUGUUCAUAUUUCAAUGGGGUUUUUUUUAUAUUAUAAAUGCAAUUUAUUCCUGUUAACUUAUAACUUUGUUUUAUUAUGUGGGUUUGUUUUAUUACUUUUGGUUGUGGUCUGCCUUUGCCAUGCAGCACUGUUUUUUGUAGUUUUUUUUAUGUGCAGUGUAAAUAAAGAUCAUUUCUGUCUCCCCAUGCAUGCGUAAAAACGGAUAAAGGGAAUUUUAAUAAAAAGCAGGAAGAGUUCAGUUGAUCCUGAGAUCAACUGACAAAGGCCACCUUAGGAGAUCAGUUUGAUCCCUUGGUAGCAAGAUAAAGAAAUCAGGUUUGCCUUAAAGCUUUUGCACAGUAUUACAUGAGCUAAAACUAAAUAAGUAGAUCUAACUGAUGUUUCGCUAAUUAACAUUUUAAAAAACUAGGACGUCUGUUGGAAAGCAGUCCCUUGCAGUAAGUCCAUUGUUUUAAUGCCAGAUAUUAUUUUAAUGAAAUUUUCUGAAACUAAGUUAGACUUCAUUUGAAUAUCAAAUGAUCUGGGAUUGAAUAAAAACACAUAAAUACACAAAACCAGUGUGAUGAUUCCCAGCUGUGCGUUCAAAUUCUCAGUUGUUUUGUUGCAGUGAUAAAAACUGAAAAAUGUAGGAGUUGCAGGUAAAAGUCAAAAUAUUCUUUUUUUGUGUUUUCUAAGUUUCUAUCUGUUUUUGCUUAAUUCUUGUCAAGUUGGUGUUGCUAAUGUCUGUUUUUACCUGCUUGUGUUUUUAUUUUGGACUGAGGCAAGCAGAAACACCCUUUGCUUCCAGAGUUUAGGAAGCCUUUGCUCUGGAGCCUCAGCACACUCAGAAAUAUCUGCAGUGGUCAAAGCUCUACCUUUAUCUCCGUCAUAGUUUGAUGCUCAUCACAUCUCUGUUUUGCAGUGAGCUACAGGAAAAGAUGCUGCAGCUUGUCUCCCAGGGUUUCAGCGGCUGCCUAAACUGGUUCACUGCAGUAUAUGUAAAACAUCUGUGGCUCCAAUCCAAACUCUGAGGGGAAUGUUGGAAAUGGUUUUUCUUUUUUGCAUUCUAAGUCAUUUCAGGACAUAUUAGUCGUAAAGACGAAUGUUUAUAGAGUUGCCUGUUCCUUUCUUAUUUUUACUGUAAAAAUGUAUAUAUUUCAAAAGUAAGUAAUCUGUCUUAUGACCAAAACAAGUCGUUGUAUUGCAAUCACAAACUUCAGUAUUUUUUAUUAGGGAUUUUCCACCAUUGCUCUAGUUGUAUGUUUGGGGUCGUCCUUCAUCAGAUGAAGGUUGACCUUCAUCCUCACCCCAAACCUUCUGCUGCUUCAGAAUUAUGCGCACUGUUAGUUCUCCACCUCACAUUGCAUUUACUUUCAGAACUAAAAGUUGAUUAUUUGCGGUGUUGGAUCUCAUAAAGAUCAGAUUUGCUGAGUGUGCAACCGACAGCUGUUGCGUUAAAUUUUGCUAUGGGUUGUGGAUUUCUGCAGCUCCUCCAGAGUUACCAGGGGCUUUUUGAAUGCUCUUCUUGUCCAGCCUGUCAGUUUCUGCAGAUGGCUAUUUUUGGUAGGUUUUCUGUUCUUCUAUGCUCUUUCCAUUUUCAGAUGAUGGAUCAAACAGUUCUAAUGAGAUAUUCAGAGCUUUGCAUGAAGUUUUACAACCAAACUCCUUUAUAAAUCUCCCCACAACAUUUAUUAAUUCAGAAAUUUAAUUUAAUACAGGUGCUAUCUAUUUAUUAAAAAGGGCACUUUCAUUUAGUUUCAAUUUGUUUUUGGGUUGUACAAGUAAAGGGCACUGAAUACAUAGAAAUAUACCAUUUUCAAUUUUUUUUCUAUUACUUGAAAACUGUUUUUUUUUCUCCCUUUACAUUUUAUAGUCAUGUGCUACUCAGUGUUAGCCUAACUAAUAAAAGACAAUAAAGUUUGUGUAAUCUGCAUUCUUUAAGAGUCAUUUUUGUUCAGUAACUUUUCGCAACUUUCUUUGUUUCACUGCUCAUCUGCUUAAAAUCAACAACCUGCAAUGUUUGUUUAUUUCACAUACUCAGAAGAAUGAAAUGAAUCACCUCUUCCUUUUCUGCCAAGCCAGGCCAGCGUUGUCAUCAUCGGCUCUAUCACCCCAUUCUCUCCAUAAAAUCUGUCUGCAUCUGCAGCUGCACCACUGCAGCGGCUCAGGAAGCCGUACUGAGCAUGCUCCGUGGAGCUGCAGCUGGUGGAUGGAGCAAAGUGGAGAGAAGGAGAAAAGGAAGGGGAGGAGAAAGGAUGAGGAGAACAGAAUGAGCCAAGCGGUGCAGGGAUCUUCUAGCAGCUCCUGAGAAAAGGAGCUGCAUGGGAGGAGUUGGGAUUGACAACACAGAUGGACCGUGACAUUGGAAUACAAAGGGCUGGAAUCACAGGCUCCUAUUAUCGGGAGGGAGAAGUCAUUUGAUGAGGAGCUCUCUGACAGCGUGGCGAUGUACGCCUUCUAUUCGCUUUUAGUCUACAUCUUCUACACUGUCUUCAGGAAGGAGGAGGAGGAGGAAGAAGAGGAGAAAGCCUUGGAUGGAGCCUGUGGAGCUUCCCCAGAUGAGUCAGAACCUGUUUCCAUGGAAACAAGGAGCAGGAGACGAGAUGGCCACACCUCCAGAACAAAAAAAUCUUGUGCUCGAUUUAGUGAAUCAAGCAGCAGCAGCGACAGUGACGAACUGAGUGAUGAAGAUGAGGAUAAUGCCCCAGACAUCCCAGCCUGCACUCCUCUGGCAGCUUUUUUGUCUUUCAAACAGGAGACAGAGAAGAGGAGAGCCUCUCAGGUUCAGCUGGAGGCAACAGGAAAGUUGGCUGAGUCUCCCCUGGUGGCAGUGAUGUCCCACUUGCUAAGCUUUCUGGAGCAGUACUCCCACUUCCAGCAGCUGCAGCAGCAGGCCGACCAGUACCGGGUCCAGCUGAAGAGGCACCGCGUCCAGCACCGCCGUCAGAUGAAGACUCUGCGGGCCUCCUACCGCCAGCGCAUCAGAGACAAGAACAGCAUCAUAAGCAGCCUGGAGGAGGCCAUCAGUCAGCAGCAGAGUCCCAGCCCCCUGAGCGAGGGUGAGUGUAGCAGUGAUGUGGGGAAUCCAGCUGGUCUCCAACGGCUGGUGGAGUCCCUGUAUGGGCUGCAGGGGGAGAGAAGCAAACUGAGAGGAGAGCUGCGUCUGCUGCACUCACAGCUGGAGCAAAAAGAAAGAGACAGGCAUACCCGCAUACAGGCCUUUCAGCAGCAGAUUGAUGAGCUGAAGAACUGCAUAGAGGAGCGUGAGGAGGAGCUAUCGAGACUGAGAACAGCCACUGGAGCCACGGACUCAGAGAAGCGAGUUCUCUGUCUGUCGGCUGAGAACGAGAGCCUGAAGCAGAGCCUGAGCGUCACACAAGGCCUCCUGCAGCAGCUGUCGGUCAUCCCGUCUCAAUCCAACACCAUGCUCAUCAAGGAGAACGAGAACCUUCGUGGCCGAGUUCAGCAGCUGGAGACGUCUCUGCAGCAGCGGGCUGAGCAGCUCUCACAGCUGGAGAGGAAGAGCGAACACAGGGAGUGGAGAAGAGGAGAGGAGCUGAGAAAACGGGAAGACAGAGUGAGGGAGCUGGAGCUGGAGCUGAAUAAAGAAAGAGGAAAGGAGCCAGUUGUGAAGUACGUCACGCAGACAGUGGAGGUGGAAUCGCCGGCCAUAGUGAAGCAGCUGACCAAAGCCAGACAGAGGAAUGAGGUGCUGUCUGAAAGGCUGUCCAGUCAGAAUGAGAGGUGCAAACAGCUGGAGGAACAGAUCAGGAAGUCGGAUGAAUAUAGCUGCAAUCUGCAGCACAAGAUUGCAGCGUACGAACGAGAAAUUAGUCACCUGCGAGAGGAACUGCUGAAGGAGAUCGGCCACUUGGAGGAGAGAAAGGAGGAGGCGGUGAAGGCUGCUGCCAGCUGCUCCGCUGAACACUUUCAGAACCUGCAGGACCAAUUCUUCACUUUGCAGAAGCGUCUAACAGCUCUCCCUCCAACCUUGCGCUCCAUGAAGACAGACUAUACCAGCCUAAGGAGUCAAGUUCGGAACUUCUCAGAGUUUUACGGUGCAGCUAUCAAUGAAGCCAAAAAGCAGAUCUCAGCAGCAAUCAGUGAGAUGUCUGAAGCCAACAAGGACCUUCUGGAGAAAUACAGGAAGGAAGUGGCCCUGCGUAGGAAGCUCCAUGAGCAGCUGGUGGAGCUGAAAGGCAACAUCCGUGUGCUGUGCCGGGUCAAGCCUGUGCUGAAGGAGGACCAGCAUGAGGAAGGCCAGUCUGUUGUUGUGACGACGGACCCCAACAACGAGUCCUCCCUCACCGUGUUGAACAAGGGAAAAGGUCGCAGCUUUGAGUUGGACAAGGUCUUCCAGCCACGCGCCACACAGGAAGAGAUCUUUCAGGAGAUUGAACCUCUUGUGACGUCCUGCAUUGAUGGCUACCAUGUCUGCAUAUUUGCAUAUGGGCAGACAGGCUCUGGAAAAACCUACACCAUGGAGGGAAGUGUGGAAAACCCAGGAAUCAACCAGCGAGCUCUGAAACAUCUCUUCAGUGAGAUCGAAGAGAGAAAAGACAUGUGGUCCUACACAGUCACAGUCAGCUCUGUGGAAAUUUACAAUGAGGUGCUGAGAGACCUGCUGAGUAAGGAUGGAGAGAAGUUGGACAUAAAGAUCAACCCAGAUGGAACGGGACAGCUGCACGUUCCAGGCCUCAGGGUUAUAGAAGUUAGGAACUUUCAGCACAUUAAGAAGAUUUUAGCCAUGGCUCGUAGGAACAGGAUCACUUUUGGCACUCAGAUGAACCAGCACAGCUCACGCUCCCACGCUCUGCUGUGCAUCACCGUCCAGGGUACUGACCUUGCCUCUGGCUCCAAAACCACCGGUAAGAUGAACCUGGUGGACCUGGCCGGCUCCGAGCGGGUCUGGAAGUCUGGAGCCGAAGGGGAGCGGCUGAAGGAGGCCCAGAACAUCAACCGCUCCCUGCUGGCGCUCGGGGACGUCAUUCAGGCUCUUCGGGGUCGGCACACCCACAUCCCUUUCAGGAACUCUCGCCUUACCUACUUAUUACAGGACUCCCUCGGCAAAGGCAGCAAGACCGUCAUGGUGGUGCAGGUGUCUGCGCUGGAGAGCAACGUGGGCGAGACGUUAUGCUCUCUGAAGUUUGCUCAGAGGGUUUGUAAAGUGGAGCUGGGUCCUGCAGCCAGGAAGAUCGAAUCUGGCGGAAGCCAGUGUGACUGAUGGCCUUGAAUCCACCACAGAGUCCUACAGUAUUAAAGCACCUGGCAAAAGUACUCACACUCCUUGAAUUUUUCCUCAUUAUGUAAAGUUAUAGCAUUUACUGUAUUUUAUUGGGGUUUUAUUUGAUAAGAUCAGCACACGGUUGUGCAUAACUGUGAAGUGCAUCUGUAAAAGGUGCCCAUUUUACAACUGUGCUGCAUGCAUGUAUACUUUAGCCUCCUACAGAAAAUACUUUACAGAACUAGUUUUGCUUUAAGUACACCAACGAGGCUUUGGGGUAUGUCUAAUGAUUCUUCCUUGCAAAAUAUCUCAGGCUCAGUCUUUGCAGCUCUGAACAUCAAUUUUCGAGUUUUGCCACAGAUUUUUAGUUGGAUUCUCAUCUUGGGCCUGGACAUUGACUAGUUAGUAGUUGCUGUGUACUCUCGUUAGAGUAAGAGAGUAAAGUAGUUGAAGACAAAUGCAUGACGUGUUUAAAACGUAUUGAAACCUUAAUUUUCUCCUCCUUCAAAAUGAUGCACUACCUUGUGUUUGUCUAUCACAUAAAACCCCAAUAAAUGAUGAACAUUUUGCAGUUACCAAUGUGAAAAACGUAUAAGGAGUAUGAAUACUUUUGCAGGCACUCUCACCUUUAUCCCACCAGCUACUUUCAACACUAAAGUAUCAACAGGAUCAGCUGCAAACCUGAUUAAGGGCUAAAUCUGUGGAGGUCUGCAGUUUGAGGUCAAGUUUUGUUCCUCUCCGCCAUAUUCAGUAAAAACCCUUUAUCAUUAGUUCACCUGCAUGCAGUCAGGAAUAUUUAUUCUGCCUCUCUCUCGGCUGAAAAACCCGAUGCUUCCUUGAAAUGCUGUUUAUUUUUAUUGUAUAGGAGAAUCUGGAUUUAAUCACAACCUCGGUGAUCGUCGCACUGUUUAGAGCUGUGUCAUGGUACACCCUGAUUCAGAGUCACAGUAUCAGCACUUUAGUUUGUGCACCCUUUGCCACCCAUCUUGCUGUGGAUGUCUGUAGGCUGUGUCAUUGCUGAUGCAACGCAUUUUGAAGCUGUAGUGUGUAGGAACAGCUAAAUUAUGAGCUGCAGGUGCAUUUAAGACCCAUAUUUAUGUCGUUUCUGUGAAAAAUUCAAAAAGCAGUGACUGAACG